AUGAGUGCCCAAACUCCUACGGCAGAGAAGCCGCUGCCGGAAUUCGACAUUGUCUCAACAUACAGCUCAAUCCUACAAGCAGAUCCUGACCUAACAAUGCCCGUCGCCGCAAUCGAAGCCUUGGUGGAAGCGAUUGCGCACAGCAGCGUCUCCACCGUCGCCGAAACGCUUGCCCUUCUCGAACACCACACAGCCGUUCUCAAAGCCUCGAUACCGAACCCAAUCUCCCUCUCCGCGGGCACCGACCUCUUCCAAAGAUACCUCAUCACGACGCUGAAUCGGCCAGCAGCCUUGAACUUGGGACCGGGCGAUGACUUCAGGGCGAUACGGAAUCAUUUGCUGUCGAACGGAAGGCUCUUUGUAGAAAGGGCCAAGCAGAGUAGGGAGAAGAUUGCGAGCUUUGGCAAGCAUUUCAUCCGAGACGGGGCUACGGUGCUCACAAACGGCGGAUCAAGAGUUGUAGGUGCGUUGCUGAGGCGGGCAGCUGAGUCCAGCACUAUGCGCUUCAGGGUCAUAUACGUGCUGUCGCCGUCGAGCUCCUCAGACUCGAGAGAGGGUCACCAGACCGUUGCAGAUCUCCGAGCCCACAACGUACCCGUUGCUACCAUUCCGGACUCGGCGGUGGCAUACUCGUUGGGCAAGGUGGAUAUGGUUAUCGUGGGCGCUGAGGGUGUUGUCGAGAACGGAGGCAUCAUUUCAAGACUAGGUACAUACCAGAUGGGUCUGCUGGCUAAGAGCAAGGGAAAGCCCUUCUACGUCGUCGCGGAGAGCCAUAAGUUCGUCAGGCUAUAUCCGCUAAGCCAAUUCGACCUUCCCAUCGAGCAAAAGGUUCUGGAUUUCAAAGUCACCGAUGAUAACAAGGCCACCCAUGGGCAAACCAAACCCACCGAGGACGAAGGAAUUGCCGACAUGAACGCUAAGGAGAUACAGUCGAAAUGCUCCGGGCUUAAUGCUGACGAUGCUGUGGAUUUCACGCCCCCGGAUCUCAUAUCGGGCAUCAUCACAGAGUCUGGCGUGCUCACUCCCUCUGCGGUGUCAGAAGAGCUGAUCAAGAUAUGGUUCUGA